AUGGAUAAGAACACGGUCACCUUGAAAGUCGGGCUUGUAGGCGAUGCGCAGGUCGGAAAGACCUCGUUGAUGGUCAAAUACGUCGAAAACUGUUUCGACGAGGUCUACACGCAGACUUUGGGCGUCAAUUACAUGGAAAGAUCGAUAAACAUCAAGUCUACAGAGAUCACCUUUUCGAUUUGGGAUUUGGGAGGAGAGGCAGAGUUCACCAACAUGUUGCCGCUAGUGGCCAGUGACGCGGUUGCCGUGCUGUUUAUGUUUGAUUUGUCGCGCAAAUCGACCCUCAGCUCGAUUAAGGACUGGUACAGACAAACUAGAGGAUUCAAUAGGACAGCGAUUCCGUUCCUUGUUGGAACCAAGUACGAUUUGUUUGUUGAUCUUAGCGACGCAGAACAGGAGGAGAUUACGCGCCAUGCACAGAAAUUUGCCCGUGCAAUGAAUGCCCCACUGAUUUUCUGCUCAACAAGUGCCUCCAUCAAUAUUCAAAAGAUCUUCAAGAUAGUCAUCAGCAAGGCCUUUGAUUUGCGACUGAGAAUCCCGGAAAUCGAAAAUGUGGGAGAGCCGAUUCUCAUCUACCACGAACACGACCGCGAGCGCGAACGAACGAGCCGAAGACCUACAGCUAGUCAUUCUUGA